UUUGGAAAUGGAUUUCCAAGUUGUGGUUUUAGCAGGUGACACUUCAAAGAAUCUAGCUCCCCUUGUCUCUAAGGAAUUGCCUAAACCGCUGCUUCCGGUUGCCAACCGCCCUGUUCUUUACUAUGUUUUGCACCAAUUGGAACAAAGUAACCUUAAAGAUCUCAUUGUUGUGGUCGAAGGGAAAGAAACAGCGGUUCUUGUUGGUGGUUGGAUUUUUGGGACUUUUGUUGAUCGUCUACAUGUUGAGAUUGCUGCAGUACCUGAGGUUAUUGGGACAGCCGGGGCAAUUAGGGCAAUCUCACACCACCUUACUGCAAAAGAUAUUUUGGUCGUGAGUGGUGAUCUCGUUUCUGAUGUUCCUCCUGGUGGCAGUUGCGUGGACCUUCAGAGUCAGGAUCCCGCUGGUGGAAAAGACAAAGCCAAGAAACCAGGAAGAUACACAUCAUUGGACUGGACCCUGGGGCAGAAAUUGAGAAAGAUACUCGACUCAGAAGCGCAUUAUCCGUGCAGUAGGCCAG